GGCGGAGGGCGAGCCGCCGCCCGCCUCGACCGCCCGCCGCCAAGCCCCCGCCUCGGGGGCGGCUGCCCCCGGCGGAGCCUCCAUCUGCAGCCCGGCGGCGGGAGCGGGAACGGGAACAUGGCGGACCUGGAGGCGGUGCUGGCCGAUGUCAGCUACCUGAUGGCGAUGGAGAAGAGCAAGAGCACCCCGGCGGCCAGGGCCAGCAAGAAGAUCACCCUGCCCGAGCCCAGCAUCCGCAGCGUUAUGCAGAAAUACCUUGAGGAAAGGGGUGAAUUAACCUUCGACAAGAUCUUUCAUCAGAAAAUUGGUUUUUUGCUUUUUAAAGACUACUGCAUGAAUGAGAUCGAUGAAGCUGUCCCUCAGCUCAAGUUUUAUGAAGAGAUAAAAGACUACGAGAAGCUGGACUCCGAGGAUGAGCGUCUGAGCCGGAGUCGGCAGAUUUAUGACACGUACAUAAUGAAGGAGCUGCUGUCCUGCUCACAUCCCUUCUCAAAACAAGCUGUAGAUCACGUACAAACACAUUUAGCCAAGAGACAAGUGCCAGCCAGCCUUUUUCAGCCAUAUAUAGAAGAAAUUUGUGAUAGUCUCCGAGGAAAGAUAUUUCAAAAGUUUAUGGAAAGUGACAAGUUUACUAGAUUCUGUCAAUGGAAAAACGUAGAACUAAAUAUUCAUCUGACCAUGAAUGAUUUUAGUGUACAUAGAAUAAUAGGAAGAGGAGGAUUUGGGGAAGUGUACGGCUGCAGAAAAGCAGACACUGGAAAAAUGUAUGCAAUGAAAUGUUUAGAUAAGAAGAGAAUCAAGAUGAAGCAAGGAGAAACAUUAGCCUUAAAUGAAAGAAUUAUGCUGUCUCUUGUCAGCACAGGAGACUGUCCUUUUAUAGUGUGUAUGACCUAUGCCUUCCACACCCCUGACAAACUCUGUUUCAUUCUGGACCUGAUGAAUGGAGGAGAUUUGCACUACCACCUCUCCCAGCACGGAGUGUUUUCUGAAAAAGAAAUGAGGUUUUAUGCUACUGAAAUCAUCCUGGGGUUAGAACACAUGCACAAUCGCUUCGUGGUGUACAGAGACCUGAAGCCUGCAAAUAUCUUGUUGGACGAACACGGGCACGUGAGGAUAUCAGACCUUGGGCUGGCUUGUGACUUUUCCAAAAAGAAGCCCCAUGCUAGUGUGGGUACCCACGGCUACAUGGCUCCCGAGGUGCUGCAGAAGGGAACUGCCUACGACAGCAGUGCAGACUGGUUCUCCUUGGGCUGCAUGCUUUUCAAACUUCUCCGAGGUCACAGUCCUUUCAGACAGCACAAAACCAAAGACAAGCACGAGAUCGACAGGAUGACGCUGACCGUGAACGUGGAGCUGCCAGAUUCAUUCUCCCCUGAACUGAAGUCGCUGCUGGAAGGGCUCCUGCAACGGGAUGUUAGCAAGAGACUUGGAUGCCAAGGAAGAAGUGCACAAGAAGUAAAAGAACAUCCUUUCUUCAAAGGCAUCGACUGGCAGCAAGUCUAUUUACAAAAGUAUCCUCCACCAUUGAUCCCUCCCCGGGGAGAAGUAAAUGCUGCAGAUGCUUUUGAUAUUGGGUCAUUUGAUGAAGAGGACACCAAAGGCAUUAAGUUGCUUGAUAGUGACCAGGAGCUAUACAAGAACUUCCCUCUGGUAAUAUCGGAGCGUUGGCAGCAAGAAGUAGCAGAAACUGUUUAUGAUGCAGUAAAUGCAGACACAGAUAAAAUUGAGGCCAGAAAAAGGGCUAAAAAUAAGCAGCUUGGCCACGAAGAAGAUUAUGCACUUGGCAAGGACUGUAUUAUGCAUGGGUACAUGCUCAAGUUGGGGAACCCCUUCUUGACUCAGUGGCAACGUCGUUACUUUUACCUCUUCCCAAACCGACUCGAAUGGCGAGGAGAAGGAGAGUCACGGCAAAACCUGCUGACAAUGGAACAAAUAGUGUCUGUGGAAGAGACACAGAUUAAAGAUAAGAAAUGCAUCUUACUGAGAAUUAAAGGAGGAAAACAGUUUGUCCUACAGUGUGAGAGUGACCCAGAAUUUGUUCAGUGGAAGAAGGAGCUGACAGAAGCUUUUACUGAGGCCCAGAGGUUGCUGCGUCGGGCUCCGAAGUUCCUCAACAAAUCUCGCUCCACGGUUGUCGAGCUCUCAAAGCCGCCCCUCAGCCACAGGAACAGCAACGGUCUGUAGGAGAGCUGGAAGCCAAGCUCACUGGGGGCAAAGCUACGUCGUGAACACGCUGAGCUUCACAGAAUCCUUAUGAGUUACUUUGUGCAAUCCUGGAUGCGGGAUGUGCUUAGAGGAAGAAGAAUUAGAUGUUUACAGCGUGGGAUAAUGUCAGAACUCUGUCUGUGGAGGUUGUGGAGGCUGGAACAGUGGCAGGUGAACUGAUGCUCCUCGCAGCAGUGGAAAGGAGAGGCUGCAUAUUGCUCCCACGCCUUCCCGCACCCGGGCGGCAUCCGAGCCGCGCUCCCUCGCUCUGCAUCUACUGAUGGAAGGAAGAUGCUGGUUUCCCUGCAACACCCUGGCUUGGUGCCUGCCAAGCCUGGGGACUGAAGUGGUUCCUGCUGGCUGGGAUUACGCUUGUGUGUGCGCUGCCGCCGCCCCCUGGGCUGCGGGAGGAGCCGCGGACUCGCCGUGUUGGAUGCCCUUUACUCUGUCGUGUUGCCAUGUUCUUUCUGACCAUUACUGCUGACUCUAUAAUAACCUUUCUCCAUACUGCUGGUGAUCAACAGUGUGACUCUUACGCACUUCAAAGUACUGAAUUCUAACUGUCCUGUGGUUUAAAUGUUAUUGCUACUCCAUGGAAGCAUUGAACUCGAAUGAUUCCCUUGGUUUGUUGUACUCACUAAUAGUAGCUACCACCGUUUCGCUUCUUCUACGUAUAUGCAGUACUAUAACUGACACAAUAGAGUAAUAAUUGGUGAAGAGGAAUUUAUGGUAGCUUCAUCUAGUGCUCUGUUGUAUAAAUCGACUAUUUUAGCACAGUUUUUAAAGAGCAGAUUCCUUUUGACAAGUUUACAGUGAACAUAAAGACAGUUCUUUUCCAUUUCAGGUCAACGGCACUUUUUAAAAAUCAAACAGAAAUGCUCCCAAUCCGCUGCAUUGUAGAAGGUGCAUGUGCUGGGGGAAGGAGUCUGGGUACCCCGGUACGUGUGCUGGAUCACUCGUCAGUGCUGGGGCUCGUGGAUGCUCCUCGGUUGUGCGCAGAAGCGCUGAGCGAGCGCGUUCUCGUAGCGUAGCUGUCCCGGCCUUUGGCUGCAGCUCAGCUGGGGAGGUUUGUGCAUACAUCACGUGGCUCGACUUGCAGAAGGAUUCGUAGCUCUCUCCUUUAGGGAGUACAAACUGUCCACGUCUGAAAACAGUCUGAGAGUACUGAGGAUGGGACUGACAGGACGAGCUGAUCAAAUGCCCGAUUUCUGUUAAUUCUACCCGAGACAUCAGUCGUGUCAUGUGAAAACUCUUGCUGAAGUACAGAUAUAAUCUCUUAACUGUUAGACCACUUCAAGCAUGUGAUGUCAGCCUUUCCCUGGUUCUUGUGAUGGUUUGUAAGAGAUAGGGCAGGGCUCAACUUAGGCUUUUUUUUCUGAGUCAGUAAACACCUUAGAGAGCACUUUCUGCCCAGCUGCAGGGGUUCAGCACUUGUAGUCCCUGAAGGUGGUGGGAGCCGCCCCUCUGUGAACGGGGAGCGAAGCGGCAGCACCAGCUCGCUGCGUCUGCCUGGUCUGCACGCCGUGUCUGCCUCGUGCUGCUGACAGAGCCACACAGCUCUAGGCCCUUUUCCUGGCAGAAAGAAAACACAAACUGGCAGAAGGAGGAUUAAUUUGAAAGUAUUUGUUUAUCCUGAACAUACUUGUAAUAAAGUUGGGUGUAUGUAGAAGCAGGAGCGACGUCACUCUGCAUAGCCUGUGCUUUCCCAGCUGUGCCAACUCUCUCUUGUCAUCUGGUGCAGCAGGAAAGGAAGAUGCAUGUUGGAAAACACCCUGAGUCAGGUGAUAUCCUGCACUGAUCUGAUCUUUUCUUUUCCCCAUUCAUUUCCCAAUGAUUCUUUACCCAGAGUGCCAGCUCCUCUGUCCUGCGCACAGGGAAGUGACGUGCAGCACCUCAGCACCCUCCGUGAGGAGCAGUGUGGUGGUUACUGACCGUGGCAGCAGGAGGUGUCUCACGUUCCUGGUGCUGACUGUGCACUGGGUGUUGUUAAGCUUUCCCUGCAAUACCCUGCAGUGCUCUUGUUUGUCUUCUUGACUUAGGGAAAAAAAUCCUCAGAUUGUGAUAAAACCCACUCCUAGUUUUUGUGUAACUUGUUCACACUGUCUCAGUCCAUUACCAGUUCCCUUCUCUCUCUGCUCCUUUCCAUGGUUGCUCUUCACGCUCAGUCCUUCUGGGCAGAGUUUUGUGGUUUCUGACUCAGACACCGUCGAUUCCGGCUGCUGGUGCCUGUGAGGAGAGGGACGGCUGUGUCAGUGUGCUCAGGCCUGUGGUUUUCACGUGAGGUGAAGGCUGUGCAUUGGCUUGGGGCAAUGUGUGUGUUUGGAGGUGCUGGGGAGCAGGGAUGGCCCAUGAACACUCCCAUCCAUGCGCUGCUGAUGGCGUGUCAGUCACUGUAGUGCUCACUAGAUCCCGGUAACAAGUGGUCUGUGUGGAAGGGACUGGAUCUGCUGGUGCUGGGAGGAGAGCUGGAAUCCCACCCUUCAAAGCAAAGCAAAUCGAUCCUUCCUGGUUUAGGUGCCAGGUCCUCUGAAGUUCUUCCGUGGACAAGGACUCUUGAUGGUGUCACUUCACGUGAGGGUCAUGAGCUGUGUGUGAGGAAAGGCUUGUUGAGCACAGAGUGGAAGGCACAGCCUUGGCUCUUACCUAUUUAGACCACAUUUAUAGGACCAUUCUUUGGGCUUGUUCAGGGAAGUAAAGAUAAAAGAAUACAGAGCUUCAGGCAUCAGCAGAGCUGAGUGAAUGAUUAAACACAGAUUUCCAAACCUGAAGGUCCUUUAAAGCAGAGCCAGCCACACUGGAGAUGUGAGCAUGUAUGGGAGCACUUGUUGUGUUUCAAACCAGAGAGUUACAUGUCCGAUAGAGCCGUGUUAAACGCUCCCCUGUCACAUCCAGGUGCCUUUGGUGCUGCAGGGAUUGCUUUCUGAUGGUUCUUUGUCACUGACAUACAAGCUGACAAAGGCAGUAAAACCAGAUCCCAAAAAGCAAGCGUGUGGGUGAUGUGGUGGCAGAAAGGUGUGUGGUUUCUGCAGGAGCUGAGCCCAGGGGGGUCGCUGGGACUUUCAGGAGAGCUGCAGCUCUUCCCUUUCCCUUCCCCUCCCCUCUGAGGUGUGGUGACAUUUUUGAUAUGUAUGUGGUGAGAAAAUUAACACCUCACCUCCAGAACAGAGAUACAGCAAAUUCUAGCCCAAGCCAGACUUGUGUGAGUUGGAAUUCAAGUGCGGGGGAAGCAAAGCACCCUUUAUUCUUGCUGCAAGCAGAGUGUAACUGAGGAUCUGUCUGGAGCUGGGCAGGAGCUGGGUGGGUGCUGUCGGUCCCUGGGCACGCUGUCAGCAGAGCUGUCCCAUCCCUGCCGUAGCAAUGGGGCAGCUUUGGUUGUUCACCUUUGUUUGGGAAGUAGUUUGCAAAUUCACCCAGCUGUUAAAGGAACAUUUACUGGGUUUUGUUUAGUCCUUUAUCUGACUGUAGGCUAUCCAGUUUUCCUAGGUAUAAAAGCUUCUUCAUAUUAGUUGUGCUUGAGCUAAAAUGUCUUGUCACUGGUCCAGCAGAGCCUAUGGCUGUGAUCUCCCACGCUGAGAUGAGCUUUGCUGGUAGAAACACCGGAGCUGGUCCCGCUGGCACUGCCCUUCCCGGCCUGGUACCCUUCCCUUAGGCUUCAGACAAAGGCUUCCAGCAUGCUGGUGCUGGUUGGCUGUGCCAGGGGGAUGCUGGUGGGUUGGACCAGUGCCGUGCUUGCCGGGUGAGGGUGACAGGGCACAGCUCCAGGAGCUGGACCAUGGCGUGGUCACAUUCCAGUUUUCCUUCAUUCCAACAACUCUCCUUUAGGAAUGCAGCAGAAGUUGUUCUGCUUCUGUCAAGAGUGGGGAAAACAGGGAGUGGUGUCGUUAGGUUGUGGUUCCAACAGAAUCGCGAGUGUGAGCAGUCCAGUGCAGAGGUGGUGGGAAACAUUUGGUGCUAAAACCAAAGCAGUCUCUCCCAGCCGUGUCCCUGCACAGGGGAUGCUGCUCAUGCCCAGUAGAAAUGCUCCAGGUGAUGCCAUCUCUGAGGGAUAUGGUUUAGUUUAGUGAUGGGCUUGGCAGCGUGAGGUUACUGCUUGGACUUGAUGAUCUCAAAGGUCUUCUCCAACUGUGCUGAUCUCCAAUGGCACCUGGCCCCAGCGCACGCAGCGACGGCCGUGGGUUGGGCUGCUGGAAAGGGCUGUGCCCAGAGCUUCGGGUGCAGCUCUUUUCCUGGCAGCUGGUCAGUUUUGGGCCAGGCCCUGCCUGGGUGUCCCCUCAGAGCCGUGUGCCGUGGCGCUGGCAGCCGGCGCUGGGCACUCCAGUGGGGAGUGAAUGAUCCUCGUCGUGUGAGUGAACACAAGGAGUGAGUCUUCUACAAAUCAAAGAGAAACCCCAAGAGGUGUAUUUUGACAAAGCAUAGUUAUUAAUUUUAAUAUUGUAAAAAAGAAAUAAAGAAGGAAAAUAUCUAAAGUAUAGAGAGCUGAUGUCUGUGCAGGGCCUGGGGUGCCCGGCUCGCCUGCCUCUGUUCCCGUUGGUUUCUGUCCAUGGUGUACAUAUCGUGUGGAUGGGACAUUGGCCGUUUUAAUACUGUUGUUAAAUUGUAUUUUUAUUUUGUGUUACUCACCACAGACUCAGCUUUAUUUUGUUUAUGUAAAGGUUGCUAUGCUAUGGAGGUGUGAAACCGAGAAUUCUAUUUUAACAAGAAGAAAAAGAAGCGUUUUAUAUUAUUUAUUAAACACAUGUUUCUCCAACUUCUGACAUUCCACAGGAUUCCUGCUCCGUGUUUGUACAGCAGUGGCAGUUCCUUUCCAGCGGGAUCAGUCAGCUUUAUUCUGUUUUUCAUAAUAAAGUCGAAAGAGUUUCCCUCAGCCUGUCCAGCUCACCCUUCUGUUACCAGCACAGGGACCUCUGGGCACUGUCAGGGCCGUCUCCAAGUGCAGGGGCUGGUGAGUGCAGAGACAUCUGACAGACUCUUGCGAACAAACCUCUUGGUUUGGUGUUUCUAGUUUUGCCCUUUGUCCCAGAGGGCAUCCCGGAGGGCAAGCUGUCCUUCACACCGCCCUGUGCUGCCUAGUGAGGAGUGACCUGAAACUGGGGCAAGGAAUCAGCUGGAUAUUGGAUAAAGCUGAGACGUCAGCUCAGGUGUUUGCCAGGCUCAGUGUGGGAGGGGGAGGACGAGCCCAGCGAGGCCACGGCACACGGCACUGGAGCAGGCGGGUGCGCUCGGCGCGGGGCUGUGGUGAGCGCAGGGCAGAGCCCGGCACCGAGGGUCACAAAAAUGGAUUGACUGGAAAUGAUUUUUGCUGUUUCAGGGUGAUCACUUGGUCCUUAAAAAUAAGCUAGGCCUGUCAAGGCAGGAGAGGUGUCCUGCAAAGUGUCAGGGUGCUGGGAGGCCAGGGCAGGUGCCAGGCCGUGGUGCAGGACUCUGCUUCCCAUGGCAGAGGGGGGCAGUGGGGGCUCGGCGGUGCCACAUCCUCCCUGGCCUGGGCUUGCUUGGCCUGCCAGGAGAGUUUGCUGCUGAGCUGCUACUGCUGGGCACAUCUGUAGGUGACCAAACCAGACAACUCUUUCCCCAAAGGCACAAAAAUAGCACAGAAUUCAUCUGGUAACUCAUUUGCUAAAGACAACUGCAGUCGCAGCCGCGGGCUCUGCGGUUUGAGGAGCGCCUGGGCUGUUACAGCACGUGUUUCUGAUUUCCACAGAGGUGGAGCUCAAGGCACGUGCUCUGCAGCUGAGCCGAGCGACAUCCCGAGGGCACAUCGUGGCUGUUGCUGCUGGAGCCGCCUCUUUGCUUUGGGACGCUGCCUGAAGCAGGGAGGGGGUGGCUGCUCUUUCCCCAUCAAGAGUUCUUGCCUGGUUUUGCACUGGCCCCUCCUCGUGCCAGCCUGGUUGUGCUUGGCUGUGGCAUUGGACAGGGCAGCGGCGGCAGUGGAACUGUGCCGGUGGGACUGUGGUUUCUCACUGGCACCUGCCAGAAACGUGCUGUGACUGGGACAGCGCUGAGCACAGGGCCAAGCAGGGGAUCUGUUAGGAGGCCUGGGGACAGGAUCAGAAAUGUGAUUGUUCUCCAAGGUCAGGAUCUAUCAGGGUGUGUGUAACUCGCUGUGCUGCCAGCGGGGAACAGGAGACGGACCUGGCGUGCUCCGGGCUUGCCUGGCUGUAGGGCUGGGGAGGGGCUUUGGGGCAGAUCAGAGAGCAGGGGAGAUGGCAGAGAGAAACGAGUGAAAAACAGAAUAAAGCGAGAGCAUCCUCAGAGAGGCAUCUGCACCAGCACUGUUUCAGUGGCUGCAUUCGGUCCUCUGGAACAGAAAAGGAGCAGAUUCACACAAACAGCUACUCGUGACUGAAAGAAAAUCUAUGGAGAGAGAACCUGUUUUCAGUGUGUAAUUUAAUGGUAAGAAAAAGCCAGUAUCUGUAAAUAACUUUAGAUAUUGUAUCUAUGAGAAUCAUUCUUUGUUUUCUGUACUUGGCUCUUUCCAUAUUUAUUGUGGGGAGGAGGCUGUGGCCGUGUCUGCUGCACGGCCCGUCCCCGGGGACAGCCCCAGCCCUUCGUGACGGAUGUGCCACUCUCACUUAACCCCGCCGGUAUUUUUUUUAAAGGAUGAUUUUGGCACAGCUUAAGCUGCUUCUGUGUGUUGGUCAGUACAACUGUUCUCCUACGAGAACCCCAAUAAAAGCCGUCCUUUGCGUGUGU